GCUGAUUCGCAGUCAUGUGACCAAACACGGAAGAACCCAUGCAAGGAGUCACGAGUUUGACACACAUUUAUUACAAAGUUUACGUUCUCGUGCGUGUUUUCAUCGGUGGUUUGUGAUAUGCCGGAUCGGCCAUGGUGAUUUGCUUCUUAAUCCACACGGUGUGUCCGGUGAGCGCGCUCUCCGCAGGCGAGAGUCGGAUACUGUACGCGCGCGCGUUCGGACCCGAGACCGGAGACGGUGACUUCACACCGGAGCAGAGGCGACUGAUGCAGAAAGAGAAGCUCCACGUGGUGGCGAGGCAGGUGAGGAGUGCUGUGGCUCUGAGUCGGGAGGCCUCGGGCGGUUUGGGUGUGGAGGCGGUGCUGGGUGAGGAGGCCGCAGCUCUGGGUGAAGCUGACAGCGGAGUGUUUUCCCUGGGCGAUGCAGAGCUCUUCCCAGACCGCGCUGUUGUUCUGUGGCUGGGGGUUCAUUCUCUGGCGUUCACUCUGGUCUGCAGAUCACACGAAAACCUGCUGCUCGCAGAGGGAGCGCUUCGCAACAUCGCCCGUCACUGCCUGGAGGAGCUACGUCUGCUGGGAACCGGUGCUGAGGUGUUGCUGAAAAGUGAUCGCGUGGAUGCAUUGUUGCACAGACUGCUUCCCCACGGUCAGCUCCUCUUCCUCAACCACCGUUUUGCCUCAGCCCUGGAUAAAGAGAUAUCAAGCUACGUGAGCAAAUGAAACAGUGUGUGUUGGUAUAAACAUAUUCAGAGAGUAAUAAAGCCCAACCCACACUAAAAAAAAGCAGCUUUUGGCAUUUUAGUGUGAGGUAUACCAAAAGCUGUUCAAGUAAAGCUCUUUGUGAUGUCUUAGGAAGAAUGACUUUGAAGUAACUUAUUAGCUGUCCAUAAAUAGUCGGUUGAUAACAUUGUUCAUUGAGUUAAUUGAAUUUAUAUAAUUAUUACCGUCUGGCUGGGUCAAAAUAAAUCCAUCGCGGUACAUGUAUAUCUGGCUCUCCUCUAGAGGGCAGUGUUGCAUUUUAUUAAUUGCUGUAUGUUUCGCUUUAGUCAAGUGCGUGGCAAUUUGAAUAAUCCUGUAACACUUUCAUCUAAAAUAAUUCAGUAGUUCACAGCAGCGUGUCUGCCAACAGAUCUGAGAUGGCUGAUUGACAAGGCAGUAUGACGCCUUGAUAUCUAGGCCAACGGAGCAAUCACGCAAUUCCUGAAAAUCCGUUUUUAGCCUCUCAUUCCCCUGAUUUAAUAAUGACGAGUUACCUCUGUCAUCAUGCUGUGCCGGGAACGAAGGGAGGGCGAGGACGUCCACUUAUAGCAAGUGUGAGGCCAGUCAUAACUCACAAGUACCGCGCUUCAAUAUGUUGACUGGUGAGUAUGAGGCUUCUCUGACUUCCUUGUGUCAGAUGCCUUCUAGAGUAGAGAUGGUUGGCGUUCCUCUUGCAUCAAGUAUGACAAGAGCACAUUUUGGCCAAAUGCUCUGUAGCUGUGAAGUGUUGUUUAGACACACUUACACUGAAAGGGCCUAUAGCACAUUACAUGUGAUCACAGUAGCGUUUGAAUUGAGUAGUUAGCGAUGUCUCUGUCUGCACGUCUGUGGAUGUAAAAUGUUCAGCUGACAGCUUUCAAGGGCUCUAUAUUUGUAUUUUCUAAUCACUUUAAAUCCACUUAAAAUGACUGAAAAUUAUAGCUUUUCAUAACCAUGUUUCACCUCUCUCUUAUUUUUAGAAUAUAUUUUUUUGCUGUUAUGCCCUUAAGAUAUCCGCUGCUGUCAUAUGAGAAACCAGCUUUUUUUUUUUGUGAUUGUGCUGUUGCAAAAUGCGCCGCACAAUAUGUUAAGAUUUGGGACCUUUUUAAAAUGAACUGUACCUCUUUGUCCUUAUGUUGAGGUGAUUUUGAAGCAUUUGCAGAGCUGUAGGUGCUACACACAGCCAUUACGAAUGUGGGUGGUCAUAUGUUACAUUUUUGCUCUAAGAAUUGUGGAACAAGCCAUUUUGCAAGGAUUUUUAGGUUAUUGUUAUUAUUAGAAAGUGUAUUUUAAUUCAAGGCGAUAUUGUGAACACAAAUGAAACAUUUACUGUACUGCUUAUUUAUUCUCUAAGAAACGAUAAAUGAAUAUGGCUAUAGUAAUAAUAUCCCAACAGCAGGAAGUGGUAAUAAAUAACAUACACAUGAAUAAUCAUAAUGUACAGUUUUACCUAUAUGUUAAAAUAAAAUGCGUCUUCUUGAUCAGG